AGUAAUGUUUUGAAAAAUGUUUAUUCGUAAGGCGUUAUAAUGUUAUACUAGGAACUUUUCAAGAUAGACAUGGAUACGAAAGGAACAUAAUCCAGGUGAUACACUAUGAUGAACUGUUCGUAAAAGUAUGUAGUGUACUUUAACGUGUGAUUGUGUGCCCCGUCAAGAGGCGAUAGUUUUUAGUUCGCGAUUCAGCCGAAGCUGAUUGGGAAAGCUAAGGUGAUUUUUUCUCUCUCGCUCUCGGUCUCUACCGCCGACAACACAAGACAUUUCGUUUGUUUUCAUGACGGAUAUCUGGCAUUCGGUGUCGCACGAUACAGAUGUGGAUACCAGAAUGUCUUCAGUCGACCAGAUUAUCUGUAGAUCGUCCAGGAUCCAUGUGUGCUGACCGGGAGAGGCGUUCGUCCGGCCAGGUAACGCCGAUCGCGGCAGGUAAAUUACAGGUGUGUACACAAAACGGCGUGGCUACUUCAGUAGCCGACUGGUGGCGUUGGAUCGGGUGAAAAUAAUAAUAAUAAAAAAGAAAAUGGCUGUGGUUCAGGCACCCAGGCAGCAGAAGCUGGCCACCAUGACCCGGUAUCAUGUUAUUUCCCUCAUUCUGUUGCAGUUUUUAGUCAAAUUUGGACAGGGCGAGGCCCCAGGUGACAGCGUGAAAAUGUCGGUGCAGGAAGAGUUAAACAGUGGAACCAUUGUGGGACAGAUUCCAGUCCGCAGUGGCUAUGUGUAUAAUCUCCAAGAACCCUCACCUUACUUCUCACUAAAUCGCAUCACCGGUGUUAUUGUGACGAAGGUUAAGAUUGACAGAGAAUCGAUGAGUCGAAAACUCAUAAACAUGUUUAUUUUAGGGACACAAUCGGGAAAACCUGCACAUCCAGUCGAUGUUCUAAUUGAUGUUUUGGAUAUAAAUGAUAACCGUCCAGAAUUCCAGGAACAAAGUAUUAACAUAGCAAUUCAGGAACAUGCAAAACCCGGCUUCCAACAACUGAUGCUGACAGCAAGAGACAACGACAAUGGUGUGAAUGGUACAAUUUCCUCAUACACAAUCAAAUCUGGAAACGAGGAUGGCAAAUUCCGUCUACUGGAACCAAAUGUUGAAACACCUUUUAUGUAUCUAGAAGUGCAAGGUGAUCUAAACCGUGAAGUCAUAGAUUUUUACCAACUGAACAUUACAGCAUGGGAUCAGGGAACCCCGCCCAGAGAAGGCUACAUUCUAGUAAAUAUUACUAUAUCGGAUAUCAACGAUAAGUCUCCCACUUUUAAUCCCAGUGAAUACAACCCUAAAAUCAAUGAAAGUGCACCCAUAGGAACACUUGUAGUCAAAGUUAUUGCCACUGAUGGUGAUAUCGGAUUAAAUGCCGAGGUUGGUUACAGGAUACAGACGGAUGAAAGUGGCCAGUUUGUCAUCGAAGAAAGAACCGGGGUUGUAAGAACCUUGGUGUCUCCCUUGAGUUGUUCUAGAAAAUGUGGAUCGGAUACGAACUGUAACCCCAAGAGUUGUCGCAUCACCAUUGAAGCUUUUGACAGAGGGACGCCAUCAUUUUCUGGAAGAGCCUAUGUGUAUGUGGACAUUAUUGAUGAAAACAACCACAACCCAGUAAUCCUAAUCACUCAUUAUCCCGACCAGAAUAAAGACUUCUCGUCCGUGGAUGAGAAUGUCCAAGCAGGGAUAACUGUUGCUUCUGUCAGUAUUCAAGAUUUGGAUGAAGGCAUCAAUGGCAAGGCUUCUCUGACAAUCACCGGAGGAAACCAACUGGGUCAUUUUAAGUUAUCAACAUAUGCUUUUCUUAAUCUGAAUUUGAUUAAAGUUGUUGGCCAUCUUGAUCGGGAAAAAGUGGACAAGUAUAACUUGACAUUUGAAGCUGUUGAUCAUGGAUAUCCACCUCGUAGUUCAACAGCUUUCCUCAUCAUCAUGGUGAGUGAUGCAAAUGACCAUGCACCUGAAUUUCAAAAGAAGGAAUAUAAUGUUCAGCUCAGUGAGUUAUCACUGCCGGGUAGUUUUGUAGAAAGUAUUAUUGCAAUUGAUGGUGAUUCUGGAGUUAAUUCUCAGCUGACAUACUCCAUCAUAUCCGGAAAUGAUCUUGAAUGGUUUAGCAUUGAUACUACUACAGGCCUGGUUACAACCAAAACCCAGCUGGAUCAUGAACAUUUAAGUAAGGUAGUUUUGAACAUUUCUGCUCAAGAUAGUGGAUCUCAAUCCUUCAGAAAUUAUACCAAGCUGACAAUAACAAUUCUUGAUGAAAAUGAUGAAACACCACAGUUUAGUAAGCCAGUGUAUGAAAAAUUACUGAACGAGAACAUGCCAACAGGUACAGAUAUUGUCACAGUAUUGGCCACAGAUUCCGACAGUGGAAAGAAUGGUUCUGUGAUUUACGAGUUUCAUUCCAGUGUUGAAAACCUCUAUCCUGGAACAUUCCUGUUACAAAGAAAUGGUCACAUAACAACUGCUAAGCCACUGGACAGAGAGGACAUUUUCCUGUACAAGAUUUUAGUUGUUGCUCAUGAUGAAGGGGUUCCAGCUCUAUCAUCUACAGCAGAAGUACAUUUGAAGGUAAAUGAUGUCAAUGAUAAUUCUCCAGAUUUCCAUCCAUGGCAGUACUUUGCUAGUGUGUUGGAAAACCAACCGUCUGGUGUACAGGUGGUUCAGGUUUCGGCUCUUGAUCCAGAUGAACAGAACAAUGGGAGGAUAACUUAUGCAUUCAUUGGCAACAACUUCAACAGCUUUGCCAUCGACAGUAGCAGUGGUUGGAUUACAACUACACGUCGACUGAGCCGCAGUACAAAAUCUGUGUACCAGUUAAAUGUGAGGGCAAGUGAUGGGGGAGGAAGAUCUUCAGACAGAGAUGCUGUGGUUGAAGUUGUUAUUGCAAAUGCAAAUGAUGUACCACCAGUUUUCAAUGGAAGAAGCUACAGUUUUUCUGUUAUUGAGGACAGUGAUGGGUCCAAUUUCAGAUCACAGCGGCUGGGUCAGGUGACAGCGACAAGUUUGAAUGGAAAUAAAAUAACCUAUGCAAUAAUUGCUGGAGAUUCAAUGAAUAUCUUUUCCAUUGACCGAAACAGUGGAGUGAUAAUGACCAGCAAGCCAGUAGAUCGUGAAAUCAAGGCAAAUUAUGAACUGAAAGUGGCAGCAAGCUCAGGCUCCAGGUUUAGGGAAAUAACUGUUACUGUGGAAGUUAUAGAUAUUAAUGACAAUGCUCCUAAGUUCAUGACAACCACAUUCGAAACAACAGUGAUCGAGAACUGGCCAAUUGGUUUUAACAUAUUCUUUGCUAAAGCUACAGAUGCUGAUUCAGGCCCAAAUGCUAUUGUUUCCUAUGCUUUGACUUCAGAUGCACGUAGUGUUUUUAAGAUUAACUCAACAACUGGUGUCAUAUACCUGGCCAAACCAGUCAACAACCUUGCUGUUGGGAAAUCAUUUAAGCUGACUGUCAUAGCCACUGAUGCUGGAACACCACACCUUUCUUCUUCUAUUGAUAUUACUGUCCAUAUACAAGACAUCAACGACCACACACCAGUCUUUCCAAGAAAUCGCUAUGAAAUUUCCAUCUAUGAGUCAAAAGCUGUGAAUGAACCAGUUUUUAAACUCUUGGCUUCUGAUUCUGAUUUUGGGAUUAAUGGACAGAUUUCUUUUAACAUCACAAGUGGCAACAGAGCUGGAAAAUUCGGCAUCUUUCCCGAUGGUACCCUAUUCAUUGCACACAGCCUUGAUCGUGAAAGAAAGGAUGUGUAUUUUCUGUCUGUGGUGGUCAGAGAUCAUGGGUUAGUCUAUCGAAGCUCGACUGCCAACAUCACCAUCCAUGUACUAGACGACAACGAUAACAGUCCAAAGUUCAGUAAUGCAUCAUACCAUUUCUUUGUGAAAGAAAAUAUGCCUGCUGACACGUUUGUUGGUAUUGUUAAAGCAUCCGAUGCUGAUGCUGGCCGAAAUGCUGAGCUGACUUACUCUGUUGAUGAGCAUGAAGAAAACUUCUAUGUUGACGUUCAGAAAGGUACAGUUUAUACCCGGAAGUCCUUUGACAGGGAAUUCAUGCUGAAACUGAAUGGUAAGAACUAUUUCACUUUAAAGGUCACUGCAACAGACAGCGGAUUAAAGAGACUUCAGGACAAGGUGGUGGUCAACGUUUAUGUUACCGAUGACAAUGACAAUGCUCCUGUGUUUGCUAGACAGAAGUAUACUCAGUCCAUUGCAGAAAAUGCUAGACAUGAUUCACCUGUUAAAAAGGUCACAGCUACUGAUGCAGACACUGGUUCCAAUGCAGCUUUGUCUUACAUCAUACAGGGUGGUAAUGAAGACAACAUGUUUAAUAUUGAACAGACAACAGGCCAGGUGUUGCUUCAGGGUCAGCUAGACAGAGAAACAAAGGACUGGUACGAAGUGAUUAUUCUGGCUACUGAUACAGGUGAAAACGUACAGCUCAGUGCAUCAACAACUCUGCAGGUAACUGUAACAGACUUCAAUGACAACAGGCCACAGAUUGCUAGCCACAGACCUCAAGUCAGUAUUCUUGAAUCGGUACGACCGGGAGAACUGAUUGCAGAGUUUGAAGCAUCUGACAGAGACAUGGCCAAUAAUGCUGUUGUGUUUUUCAGCAUUGCAUCAGGAAAUGAAGAUGUGACCUUCAACUUGGAUGCUAACUCUGGCAAAAUGUACUUGAACAAGCAGCUUGAUUUUGAACAGAGACAGAGGUACGAUCUGAGAAUAGUUGUUUCAGAUGCAGGAAGUCCAUCAUUGCAGUCGUCAACUAAUUUUGUUGUGAAGGUUCAAGAUGCCAAUGACAACAGCCCACAAUUCUCGCCUACUCCUAUUUCUGUUGAUGUUUCUGAAGGUGCCACUGUAGAUACCAAAAUUACAACCGCAAAGGCAACAGAUGAAGAUUUGGGCAACAAUGGUAAAAUAAUGUACCAUAUUGCUAAACAAGAUCCACCUGGAGAUAACUUCAGAAUUGGCUCUACUACAGGAGCUAUCUUCAUCAAGACACCGUUGGACAGAGAAGCAGCUCAGGUGAUUCAGAUCACUGUCAUUGCCACCGACCAAGCUAUGCCUGUGUCUAAGAGAUUCUCAUCUCAGAAGAUAGUUACUGUGAUCAUUCGCGAUAUCAAUGACAACAAACCUGUCUUCAAAUCCAUGGAUACACUUGUCAUUGCAUCAGCUGCUGCUCCGGGAGUGUUUGAAACCAUCAAAGCUUCUGAUGCUGACCUGGGUGAGAAUGGACGGGUUACCUUUGAAAUGCAGUAUGACCGAGCCUCAAUGUUUUCUCUCAAGUCAAACGGGGAGCUCUCUCUUGUGGGGAGUCUUUCUCGAUCAACCUUCACCUACAGCAUAACUGUGAAAGCCAGAGAUCAUGGUGACAGUGAUGUUCUAGGUGCUCAGUCUACAACAAUGACCAUCACCAUUCUUGUAGUCUCUUCAUCACAAGUUGGGCCACGUUUUGCUCAGAGUUUGUUUUCUGGGAACAUUAAUGAGAAUGCUCCAGCAGGAUCAAGUAUUACUACUGUGCGUGCAUCUUCAUCGAGAUCUGGAAUUCGUGUGGAAUAUUAUAUCACUGAAAUUACAUCUACUGGAACUGUGCAAGGGAGAUACUUCAAAAUUGAUAAAUCAUCAGGAAUAAUAACAAAUGUUGAAGUUCUCGACAGAGAAAAAUUACCAGAGAAGUUUGACAUCAAGGCAUAUGCUGCUGAGAUUGGAGGUGAUACAGCCAGGACCCGUUCUACUCAAGUGCAAGUGACUCUUGUGGAUGAGAAUGACACUCCACCUAUCUUUGUGAGCAGCUUCUACAGCAAGUCUGUGCCUGAGAACAAGCCUCCUGGACACAAUGUCUUCACUGUGGAUGUGUAUGAUCCAGAUCAAACUGGUUCACUCCAGCUCUCUCUCAGUGGAGAUGGAUCAGAGGAUUUCACCAUUGCACAAGAUGGCACAGUGAAAACACAAAAACGUUUGAAUAGGAGGAGCCGGUCAGCAUAUUCUUUUGAAGCACUGGCCACUGAUGGAAGUCACACAUCAAAAUCUACCAUCGACCUCACUGUGCUUGAUGAAAAUGACAAUGAGCCCAAGUUCACACAGCCUAUGUAUUCCUUUGACAUCCCAGAGGAUACCAACAUCGGCACCACAGUUGCACAGAUCAGUGCAACUGAUGAUGAUGAUGAUUCAAAUGGUCAGGUGACCUAUGAGCUGGAAUCUGAUUGGGGAAAGGACAAGUUCCAGUUGGAGGCUUCACUUGGUACCAUCACACUGAUCAGUCAGCUUGAUUUUGAAGAGGUCCAGCUUUAUACCCUGAAGGUGAUAGCUAAAGAUGGUGGCAGUCCUCAGCGGUCGAGUUCUGUGACAGUGUACAUGAACGUGAACGAUGUGAAUGACAACACGCCGGUGUUUGAUCCCAUGUCGUACAGCCAGGAGAUGUGGGAGAAUGCUCACACUGGUGCCACCGUCCUCAACGUCAGUGCUACAGAUGUCGACUCUGGCCUAAACAGUGAAAUCCAAUAUAGUCUGGUUGGUGGUGACCUCAAGAAUCAGUUUUCAAUUGGUCUUCAGAAUGGUACUGUCUACACAGUAGCCUCCCUUGACAGGGAAGAUAUUCCAUCUUACUCUCUCAUUGUCAUGGCAACAGACCAAGCCGAGCCUCCAAGUUCCAGACUAUUUACAACAGCCACAGUUGACAUCAAGCUUAAGGACAUAAAUGACUGUGCUCCAGAGUUUCAGAGCCCGAACCAGACAGCUGUAAAGGAAAACACCCCAGCAGGUCAGGUGGUCUUCACAGUCAGUGCCACAGACCGUGAUGAUGGCAUCAACAAACAGCUACGUUACACCUUGUCCAAAGUCCCGGGUUUUGGAUACCCGUUUACCAUCAACCCAGUUACGGGAGAACUCCGAGUCAAUUCGGAUCUCGAUCGUGAAUCUGUGGAAAACUACACUCUUAAAAUAACAGCAACUGAUAAAGGACAACCACCUCUGUCGACAUCACAGAAUCUGGAAGUCGUUAUUAAAGAUGCAAAUGAUAACUCGCCAGUAUUUGUAGACACUUUUUAUUCCAUAACCAUCGCAGAGAAUAUCGGCAUUGGCACAUCUCUGUUAACAGUUUCGGCAAACGAUCUGGAUAAAGGUUUGAAUGGAAUGGUGCGUUACUACAUUGUCGGUGGCGACAGCAACUACGACUUCAACAUGGACAUGAGCAGUGGUGUUUUACGCGUCCUCAAGAAUUUGGAUUAUGAACGUAUCAAGGUCUACCACCUUGUCGUCCAGGCUCAGGACAGUGGCAUCGAUGUCAUCAUGUCCAGCACGGCCAGCAUCGUCGUCAACAUCACCGACUUCAAUGAUUAUGUGCCAGCAUUUGUGGACUCACCGUACAUCGCCUAUGUACAAGAAAACAUGGAGAGACUGCCAGUGCAUGUUAUUCAGGUUACUGCCCAGGACGAAGACUCCAGUGUGAACAGUCAGUUGGAAUACUCUCUGCUUAGUGACGAGCACAAGAAUAUCUUUUCAAUGAAUUCACAGACGGGAGAAAUCCAGGCACACCAGACUUUAGACCGAGAGACUUUGGCAGAAUAUUCACUGGUGGUGGUUGCUAAAGAUUCAGGCAACCCACGACUGACUGGUACUGGCACCAUCAAUGUCAUGGUACAGGAUGUCAAUGACCACGCUCCAGUGUUUGAGAAUGGGGGCUCGUACACAGGUCACGUGAUGGAAGGGAAGUCGGCCAGCACCGAGGUCCUUGUGGUCAAGGCAUCGGACAUUGAUGAAGGAAUCAAUGCCCAAAUUGUUUACAGUUUGGCUGAUAGUAAAGGACAGCGUUUCACAAUACACCCAGAUUCUGGAGUCAUCGUUACUCUUGGACGUCUUGACCGGGAAGAAUAUGAUGAAUACCAUUUAGUCGUCAUAGCAACGGACAGGGGAAUCCCACCUCAGUCGGCCUCUACCGAUGUCACGAUCUAUAUUGAUGACGCCAAUGAUAAUGCACCACAGUUUGAGCAGCAGGGUUAUGCAAGAGUGAUUUUAGACCCAACAAACACAGGAGACUUUGUUCUUGGUGUUACGGCUGUUGAUCCCGAUGUGGGCAGCAAUGGAAAGGUGACCUAUUCAUUGUCAGGAACGGAUGCCAAUAAGUUCCAGAUUAACCCUAACACUGGUGUGAUCACUGCCGCUCAACGACUUAGCGGAUCUUCGGCUUCCUAUCACUUCCAAGUGACAGCAUCCGAUCAGGGCACCACUCCUUUGAGCCACAGUGUGAAUGUUAAAAUCACCAUGUUGGUCAACAACAGUCAUCGUCCUGUCUUCAACUCAUUUGACUCAAAUCUUCAGAUCCUCGAAAACUCACCUGUUCAUAAGAUCUUAACCACAGUGAAAGCCACCACAACUCGAACCAAUGAAGUCAUUUAUAACAUCGCUGGCGGAAAUGUCAAUCGCGGAUUCACAAUCCAUCGUUCAAAUGGAACCAUCUCUGUUUAUGGCAUCAUUGAUUACGAAACAUCACAGACGCUUGAUCUCUGGAUUGAGGCUAACGAUGGGGGUUCUCCUGCCUUGUUUACAUACAAGAAACUUCCUGUUCGUGUUCUUGAUGUCAAUGAUAAUGCACCACGCUUUCAGCAGCUGCUGUACAACACAACAAUAAAAGAAAAUGUUGACAAGGGCAGCAUGUUGGUGGUUGUUGCCGCGGGAGAUGCAGAUUCAGGAGACAAUGGGAAGUUGGUGUAUUCCAUCGUGAGUGGUAACAAAAACAACACAUUCACUAUCGGGCGAAGUUCUGGGGUCAUCACCACCAGGAACAUUGUGGACCGUGAAGGAUACGACUACUACCAUCUGAUUGUCCAAGCUGCAGAUCUUGGAUCACGUUCACGUUCAUCAACCUGCACUGUUCAAGUUCAUGUGUUGGAUAUGAAUGAUAACCCAUCAAAAUUCACACGUCAGUUCAAGGUGGAAAUUUCAGAAAACAUGCCUUAUGGUUCUUUCGUCAUCCAGAUCACAUCUACAGAUAAAGACAUCGGAAUUAAUGCUGUUCCAAGAUACAAACUGUCUUCCCAGAUGGACAAAUUUGCAAUUGAUCCAACUAGUGGUAACAUCACUACUAAAGUGGUCUUGAAUGCUGAACAGCAGCAGAGGUACUUCCCAGAAAUAAAAGUCACCGACGGAGCAUUCACAAUAUCCACUCGUGUCAGUAUUCGCAUAAAGGAUGAAAAUGACAAUGCACCUUUUUUCUCAGGUGACUCAUUGAGUUUUGACUUCCAGGAGCAUCAAGAUCCAAACACUGUGAUUGGCAUUUUGAAGGCCUCUGAUAAGGAUGUCUCAGCUCCCAACAACCGGUUCAUUUUCUCACUCAAACGUCCAUCAGAUUUGUUCAGUCUCGAGGCAGACUCAGGAAAACUGUUGGCUCUUCAGACAAUGUCUUACGUUCACACCUCAGAAGGUCCUUCACCAUCUAACAGGCACUCUCUGGAUGUCAUUGUUUCAGAUUUGGGAUCCCCAGUGAUGUCUUCUGAGACCACAAUCGUCAUCACCAUAGUUGAUGCCAAUGACCAUCCUCCAAUAUUCCUGGAAGAUGAAUACUUUUCGGCAGUACCCCAGAAUUCAGCAGUUAAUGAUCCAGUUAUUCAAGUUAAGGCAGAAGAUACAAAAGACUUUGGAAUAAAUGCUGAGAAAUCCUAUAGCAUUUCUGGUGGCAAUGGAACCAGGUAUUUCUCUGUACAGCAGGACACUGGUGUUGUCUAUGUCAGAUCCUCACUCAUUGGUUUAAAAAGUCAAGAUGUGUAUUUGAUUGUUAAGGCAACAGACAAAGGGAAUCCACCUCAGUCAUCUACUGUGCCUGUGCAUCUCUCUGUUACAGAUGUGAACAAUCAUACACCUGUAUUCAAGAAUAUUGUCUUCAGAAAGAGCUUUAGAGAAAACAUUGGUGUAGGAUACAUAAUUGAUACUCUAGUGGCCACAGACGAUGAUACUGGUUUGAAUGGACAAGUUAAAUACAUUAUUACAUCUGGAAAUAAUAAUUCCUUGUUCUCUAUAGGAAAAACAAGUGGAGUUUUAAAAGUUGGAAAAGAACUUGAUUUUGAAACUGUUCCCAUUCAUUAUCUGAACAUCACAGCUCGAGAUAUGGGUUUGCUGUUCAAGGAAACAUCAGUAAUUUAUACUAUAUCUCUUCAGGAUGUUAAUGACAACCCUCCACUGUUCAUGAAAUCUGUUUUUGAUGCAUACAUCCCAGAGAAUUCUGAAACUGGAACAAGCUUUUUCACUCUACAAGCUCAUGAUGCUGAUAGUGGUGACAAUGCAGUCAUCCAUUAUAACAUUGUGGGUAACAAUGAGCAGGUAAAGACACUCUUCUCUAUAGACCAGAACUCUGGCAUCCUUAGAGCCAAGGGAGACCUUGAUUAUGAAGUCACCAAAAAUUACGAAUUGUCCAUCAUGGCUUUGAAUCCGGGCUCUGCCAACAUGAAAUCAGUCGCCAUGGUGAAUGUACAUGUGACAGGAGUGAAUGAAUUCUAUCCCAUGUUUACUCAAGCACAAUACCGGUUUGAAGUGCAUGAAUCAACAGCGCUGAAUUCAACAGUUGGUCAGGUCUUUGCUUCAGACAAGGAUGAUGGCACUGAUGGGAUUGUUUAUUACUUUCUGAUUGGCUCCAGUAAUCUUAAAGGUUUCCAGAUUGACCAUCGUACGGGCACCAUUUAUGUUUCCAGACGACCUGAUUAUGAAUCAUCCCCACAGAUAACCCUCACUGUGAUGGCCAAGAACUGGGGGAGCAUCCAUGGCAAUGACACAGACCAGUGUGUGGUGAUCAUCGGUGUGGAGGACUCGAACGAUCCACCAGUUUUCAGUCAACAGCUCUAUAAUUCAAGCAUCAGCGAAAACUCUCCAAGAGAUACCUCUGUAAUACAGGUCUCGGCAACUGAUAACGAUAAGCUCCCAGAGAACCGUCAGUUUGUGUACAAGAUACUCUCAGGAAGUGGAGGCUCACGAUUCAGAAUUGACCCACACAGUGGCAUCAUAAAGACAACAGGGCAAGGGAUCUUGGACAGAGAAAAGGAGCUUUUCAUCAGUGUCGUGGUUGGAGCUGUAGACUCGGGUUCACCUCCUGAAACAGGAACAGCAACAGUGAAGAUUUAUCUUAUGGAUGUCAAUGACAGUGGACCCGAAUUCAACCCUCCUGUACUCGAAGCAUAUGUCCUAGAAAACCAGAAUGGUGGAAGGCAUGUGAUCACUCUCUCCCAGUACACAAAUGAUUCCGAUGCACAUCCAAACCGAGGUCCUUACCGGUACCAUGAACUCAAUGAUCCUACCAUGCAGCAGUUUCAGAUUGGUGAGAGAAGUGGGAUUGUAACAACCAAGGUGAAACUUGACCGUGAAGUAACACCAAAAUUUAUCGUCCCAGUUGUUGUUACUGAUGGUGGAAGGCCAACGCAAACAUCCACUCUUUCUUUUACCAUAAUAGUACAGGAUCAAAAUGAUAGUCCACCUGAAAGCAGACAGCUGUUGGUUGCUCUGAUGCUUCUUGAUGGGAUGGAAACUGCUGGGAAAAUAGCAGACGUCAGACCUGCAGAUUCAGACAUUGUUGGAAAUUACUCCUGUUUCAUUGUGAAUGGAAAGGAUGAUGUGUUUUCUAUAUUUGAAAACUGUGACUUGCGGGUAACAAAUAAUCCACUACUUAAGCAGUUAUAUUCUUUAAAGAUAAAUGGCUCUGAUGGAAAUCCAAACCAUCAGUCGGUAACUUACGACAUAUCCGUGAGUGUCACAAAUUAUGAUAAUAGAACUAUUGAUAAUUCUGUUGCUAUGCUUUUAGGGAACAUUGAGGUAGAGUCUUUUCUGGAAUUGCAGUAUGCUUCAUUUAUGACAGCUGUACGAAGUGUGGUUGGGAUUCAGAAUUCCGGAAUUGUCUACAGUAUUAAACCUUUUGCAUCCGAUGUUCUUGUCUUUUUGGCUGUUCAGCAGCAGAAUGGAAACUACUUCUCCAAGUCAUCGCUAAAACAGCAGCUGAGUAAUGCAACACGGAAAAUUGAGUCUGCUUCAGGUGUUCGCAUAAAGGAUGUGUCUUUUGGCAGCUGCAAAACCAAUCCCUGUAAGAAUUUCGGCACCUGUGACACGAGAGUUGUGAUGACUUCUGGAUACACAAUCAACAAUUCACCCAAGCUGAUCUGGACUUCUGCCACACCAGAGAUCCAAACCUUCUGCUGGUGUAUGCCUUCAUACACAGGUCAGUUCUGUGAGAUACCGCUAGAGCGAUGUGGAGGUGACUACUGCUACAAUGGCGGCACAUGUCUGACAAACGAUGAUGGUAACAAGCAGUGCCACUGCGUUCCAGGUUGGAGCGGUCCCAGUUGCCAGGACGAUGUCAACGAAUGUAUCCGGCAGCCAUGUCAAAACGGCGGAAGCUGCAUCAAUACGAAAGGAUCGUUCUACUGCAAAUGUGCUGACGGUUUUUAUGGCAAUCUUUGUGAAAGUAGCAGCCACUGCAGAUCUCAUCCAUGUUUGAAUGGUGGCACUUGUCGAGACGUCUCCAACAGUUACGUUUGCCAGUGCAAGUAUGAAUAUUUUGGUUCUAGGUGUGAAAAAUUAAGCAGAGGAUUCAGCGAGGGGUCGUACAUUCUUCAUUCCUCCAUGACACAGUUCAGCAAUAUGGAAAUCAGUGUUUAUUUUACCACAGUCAAAGAAAAUGCCCUGCUGCUACUGAACCUUGUGACUGUUAAUGGCUCUCCUCUCGGUUUUGUUGCACUGGAGAUAGUUCGUGGAAAUGUGAGAUUUUCCUUUAAACUUGGCUCGACACACCCGAAAAGACUGACCGUGAUGUCCAGGGUAUCUGAUGGAUACUGGCACAAGGUGGAAGUCAAGAAACAGCAUGAGAGUGUAGUACUGAAAGUAAUAAAAUGUCAACAAGAUUCGACUACAUGUGAAGAAUGCUUUGAUAAUGAUUCCAGUUGUUACCAAUCUCUGACUGACGAUUCUGGAAACCUUUUUCUCAUUGGACAAUCACUCAGCAUCGGUGGUGUGAAUGACAUCAAUGAUGUGCUACAGUACAGCGGUGACAUCGCAUCACAUGAUUUUGUCGGCUGUGCGCACAGCUUCAUGGUAAACAGCCGUGACAUGCUGGACACGUCGGGGGCCAGGGACAAGAGAGGCGUGAUGACAUCGUGUGUUCGGAAGAGUCCUCGAGGAUCCUGCUCUGCUAACCUCUGUCAGAAUGGCGGUACCUGUGUAGAUGAAUGGACAUCGGCCAGAUGUUCGUGUUCUAACAAAUACAUGGGGCAGCGGUGUGAACAAGAAUGGGAACCAUUUGGAUUUGGUGCCGAUUCCACAGUGAAGUACAAGCUGCGUGAAAGCUACAGACGAGACCAGCAGGUGUCUAAGGGCCGGAAUCGUAGAGCAGGGGACAGCUCCAGCAUCAAGCUGAGAUUCAUGACUACAUCGGCACAGGGAACACUGUUCUAUUCAGCAACAGAAGACACCAAAUGUGUCCUUUGGAUACAAGAUGGCAAGGUCAAGUUUGUGCUAACUCCACCGAGUGCUGUGAAUGAUCCUCUUGAUGCUGUCAGCGUUGAUGUAACAGAUGGCUCAUGGCAUAACGUCACUGUCACUGUCACUGGCAGCACCUUCGUAGUCAGCCUCGAUGGCAAAGACUCCAUGUCAAAGGACUUUGGACAGCGUUACAGCUUUGCAUCACUGGAAGUUGAAGAAAUGGCAUUGAGUGGGGCUAGAGUUGUGCCUUCAGGAAACACCAUAGCAGGUUUUAGUGGGUGUAUCUCUGAGUUUCUGCUGGAUGGUGACAAGCUUCCAUUCAACGGCCUGACCAAGCGCUAUGAGAUUACAAUGAGUGAAGGUGUCCAGAGUGGCUGCAAGGCUCUGUGCUCCAACAACCCAUGUGAUGAGGGUCAGACCUGCUCUGUGAGUGGAGAGAAGUUCAUGUGUGUUGGCAGUGGUGGUGGACUGGAAAUUGGAAUCAUCAUCGUCAUCGUCUUCUUUGCCAUUCUCAUUGUGGCUAUCAUUGUGGUGUUCAUUGUGCUACGCAAACGCAGGGAUCUGUGUCGGAGAAUCUGCAUGAAAAAAGAAGUGAAGGCAAAUGGAAAUCUCGGCAGCAGAAGUCUUAGUGGUUCUCAAGACGUACAUGAUUCUGGUUAUGGAGAAAACGGAAAUGUUGAGGACAUGUUCAUUCAAAAUCAUAUCACCAAUGGGCUGAUCUUACAAAAGUCGGGGCUUUCUGUAAGACCCGAUCUGAUUGGCUCAAAUGUGAUUGGCAGGUCGAUGCCACAACCGCUGCAGUUUGAUGAUGGAACAGUGAUCAUAGAACAUGGAGAACAUGGUCAGAUGAGACCUAUUGAUGACAAUAUGCCAGAACAUUAUGAUCUGGAAAAUGCCAGCAGUAUUGCUCCCUCCGAUAUAGAUGUGGCAUUGCAUUACAAACACUACCGCAGUGGCAAGGAACCGAAAUACAAAGCAAAUCAACAUUUAUCUCAUUAUCAUAAAUCACACAUCCCAAAUUCUCUUGCUGAGAAUCCAUUGACUGUCUCUCAUGGCCGCUCGGGGUCGGGCCUUUCCCGGGAAAGUCCAGGUGCAAACAAGAUGAAUGGAUACCCCAAAAUGAGCCCAGGGUCUUUCGAAGGCUCAGCGGUAUCCAUGCCAGCCCACCAGAGUCCAUCCAUGGCUGGGAAUAUCAAGAGACCCAGUUCAGCCCAGCCUGCGGUGCGGCAUAGUCCGAUGCCACACAGUCACGUUAGUCCGCUAUCUCAGUUAAAUAUGAGAAACACACCUGUACAAAACAUUCAUAUGAACAAUUCUCAGCAUUCUCUAGGCAGCCAUCACAGUCAUACGAGUUCUAGUUCGUCUGCCACUAGAAUUCCAAAUGGGCAUCAUCCUAAAUCAGCAAAAGCAUCAAGAAAGCCUUAUUCAACUAAAGGCCUGACUGUGGAGGAAAUCAAUCGUCUGAAUGCUCGGCCAGACCGCAAGAGUCCAGUGAGCAUGCUCGAAGCUGUGUCUUCCUCCAGCGAUGAUCGUCUUCGCCGACAGAAGAUGAAACCCGUUGAGCAUAGCCACAUUUUGUUAGAACCCCCCGAUUCCAGUUCGGAGGAUAGUGGAGCUAAUGACUCUUUUACUUGUUCGGAAUUCGAGUAUGAACCCGACCAUAAAACUCGUUCUGAUUUCGAUCCAGGGAUUAUGAUAUUCUCAAAACUGACUGAGGUCGAAAAUGAAAAUGACGAUACACCGCAAAAACGACCUCCACGUUCAGAUGGGAUGGAUUCGAACGGAGAUUCUUUCACAAGUACAGUCAUCUCAGGGGACAGUGCACUAGAUGCAGCAAGAGUUCCAAAUGGAGCAUUUAAUUUUGAUGAACUGUUGAACUGGGGUCCCAACUUUGAUAAGUUAGUCGGUGUGUUUCGUGAUAUAGCUUUACUUCCAGACAAUACGACACAGACGUUAGAAGACGGUCCAGGAAAUGAUUAUGAAGAGUAUGUGUGAUACAAGUGAAUUCAAAAUAGGUCUCUUCCUUUUUUUUCUUCUAAUUAUGAAAUUCAUCUCAAUAUUUUGGUCAUUGUAUCUCAUUACAUUGUGUCUGUCUCCAGUAUCAAAGAUUUUUUUUAAAGGAUUUUUUUUUCUAAUUAUAUUUCACUCACCGAUUAUCUGGUAUUUGUUUUAUUGUUUGUUUACAGAAACAUUAUAUAGUUCAAAAUAAGUGUCUCAAAUUAGAAUGUUGCACAAAAUACUGUGAAACUUACCUGUAGGGAAUAUAAUCUACAAGGGGAUAUGCAAGUUUACAGCAAAAUGAAGUCUAGAUCAUCCAUAUAUGCAAAUAUCUCAUCACUGAAGUUUACUUUUUUGACAGAUUUUUACAUGAUUUAUUGCAUGUUCAGUUUUGUACUAAUUUUGUUGUUUAAUAUUUAUGCAAAUCUAAAGUGAUUGCAUUCAGCAAAUUUUCAAAUUGUAAAUUUUGAAAAUGAACUGGUGUUGAAGGUGUUAAAUAUCUUCUGUUUUUUAAAUUCAUAGUUGCUACAGUAAUAUACUAAAGUGAAAAAUUGUGAAGACUGAUCCUGAACAGUAUACAAUUGUUUUAAACAACAUACUCAAGAAACUGCUCAAAUUAUAAAGCCUGGAUUGUUUUCACUAUCUCUAUGAGAUUACCAAACAUCAAACAAGCUGCAAGCUGUAAAUAUACCUCAUGAAAAUGAUUUCUUUAUUUGUGAAAAACAGAUUUUAGCAAUAACGUUUAAUAUUGUACAUUAUGGAUUAUACAUACAUAUAUCUAUAUUAUUGCAACGGUUCACGUGAACAAUUUUAUUAUUGUAGAUUAUGUUUUAUUUAUGUUGAAGCAUUACAAAAUGUCAUGGAAGCCUUUAUGGAGCACACAUUUUUCCUCUGGUCUUUUUUUUCUUCAUGCAAAUACUAAAUAGAAAAAUAUGUUUAUACAUUUAAUCGUUUCACAUGAAAUGUUCAAACAUUUUGUAGUGAUUGUCAUCACUCUGGUCAAUACCGGUAUAUUAUUUACUAUAUUUGUAACCCAAUUUCUGAAGCUUUUUUUUCUACCUUUCUUUUUUCUUUAAUAAUGCAGCCUUAUGACCAUAUAUCAGUGUUAAUGCUAUAAUAUGGCAUUAUUUUAAGAUAUUUCAUCAACUCUCCCAAACAAAAUCAAUAAACUUGAUGUUAAAAUGGGAAUCAUUUUUAGAUUAUUACAGGUAAGCUGAAAUUUGUAUUUGAUCAGCUCUCCCAAACAAAGUCAAUACAUUUGAUGUUAAAAUGGGAAUCAUUUUAGAUUAUUACAGGUACGGUGAAAUUUGUGCUCUGUUCGGUUUCCUAAUUAAUGUGUAGUCUAACGAGGCAGGUAGAGCAGUAUAUCAAUUAAAACUGACACCAGCACCCGUUGCUGUAGGAACAGACUACAUAGCAGAAGUCAACCAGAGAAGCCUCUCUUUAAACAGCAACAUUAUUUUAUAUUCUGUUUUUGUUUCGUUAUAUUUAUUACAGUCAUUUUAUAUAAAACAGGUUGGUCUAAGUAUAGCUCGAAAAAUAUUAUGCAGUUAUACAUACACAUACAUGUAUUUGAAAGAUAGGACAAGAUAGAUUUGUAAAAUGUCUUUUGAACAUUGAAUAUAUAUUAACUUGAUGGGAUAAAAGCUGAAUGAUGACAUUUGAAUGAUUACAUAAUUUGAUAAAUAAUGUCUAGAUUUGGUUUAUGCAGAAACUAAUAAUAAGUAUUUUCAUUUUAUAUAAGAUAAAUAAAUUAACCCUUUUUUUUUUUUUUUGCAUAAAAUUGCCGACUGAUGAUAACCUUUCAAAUUGAAAUCCUUCUCAAUUUUAUAAAUUUUUGAUGUGCUAAGACUAUAAUAUUUUCUAGCAAACUUUUGGAAAACCAUCCUGUAUAUAUUUUGAUGUAUAUGUAAGUCUCGCAUUAUGUGUCAUUUUGAGUUUUUUGUGUGUGUAUUUUGUAGUUUUCAUAUGGUUUUUAAAAAAGUUUCUGAUAAUACACUUUGACAUUUAAGUUCACUUUUCUAUCCAUAAAGAAUUGAUCUAUAUAGUUUAAUGUUAGGUGCUUUCAUACGCAAUGGUCUUGGAUAUCAGUCAUUGAUUGGUGUAUCAAAGGCUGCUUGUACGUCAUUAUUCCAUAAACUAUCAUUUUGUCAGCCUCUUAAUAUAAUUGCUUAACUAAUUUUUCGAGUGUUUGAGACCAAUGGAAAAAACUUACUUUUAUACCCCAAAAAUUGAAUUCUUUAAAAAUUAUUUGAACAAAAAUAAGAAGAAAUGUUCUGGUUUUUGUUCAAAUAAUCUAUUAAAAAUUCAUAUGUUUGUAUAAAAGUCAGUGUUUUUAAAUUUUUCUCAAAAACUAGUUGGUCAAUUAUGCUUAGAGGCUGAUGAUUUGUUAUAUAGGUCUACCCACCUCAAUCAUUGCACUUACUCAUAUGGUUGUUUUCAGAGACAAAUGACGUAUUUAAUAAUGUUACAAAACAAACUAUUGGACAUUUUUAAAGCACACACCUAUAAAGAGAAUAUACUGGUUAAUACGUGGAUCUACGUAACAUGUCAAACAUCUUGCCAUCAUGGGACUACACAUGUGCCCAUUUUUAUAUGGUUUUAUUCUAGACUUUUGUAGAAGGGUUUUUUUAUUAUUAUUGAUUUUGCUGGAUAUUUUAUAUGAGGAAUAAUAAAAUUAAAUAUUUAAUUUCUGACCUUUCUCAUAAUUACCUAUGAAGUCAAGUAAAACUUGAAAAUAUAUUAUGUUUGUAAUAAACACAUCUUGUUUUUAAAUUAUUCAUUUUACAUUCCAAAAUGAUGCAUGCAUGAUGUGUUUAUGCCAUUUACCAUGUGAUUGUAGUUUCUUACAUUUUGGGCAAUUAUAAUUCACAUUUUUGCAUAUGCUUAACAUUGUUUUGUGGGGAAUGUUUUGGGUGUUUUUUUUAAUUAAGUAUAAAUUAUUAGUGUGUGUGUAAGUGAAGUUUUAAAGCUGUUUGUUAUUUCUAAAGUUUAUUUCUAAAGUUUGUAAUUAAAUUUUCCUUGCAAUUAUCAAAGUGGUUAUGUAACAGAUAAAAAUCAACCUCCACCGAGGGGAUUCAAACCACAGACCCUCAGUGUGAGAUUCCAGCACUCUACCAACUGAGCUAAUAGGGGUAUUCCCACUAGCUACUGACAGUAGGAACACUUUAUAUCAACACUACUACAGUUAUAUUUCAGGCUUUCAGCAAAUAGUACAUUUUAUGCUGGUAUUUUUGUAUUUAACAUAAUUUACUCUUAAAAGAUUCAUCAAAUUCAACUUUACUCGUGUUAAAAAAGACAAAGAAAUAUCUGGUUUCCCAUUUGUUUUACCACACAUUUAAGGGUUUUUUAUUAAUAAUAUUGUCAGUAAAAAUGUAUUCCUCACAUAACGAUGAGAAUUUGUGGCCAGUAGUGAUUAAAAUCAUUAAAUGCUAAAAUGUAUCACAUAUUAAAGCAGGGGUGUAAUUUUGUGUUAACUUUAAAUGUUCAAAAUGUAAAAUUAUAUUAAUGGCAAGAAACGAUUUAUUUUAUUUUAUUAUUACAUGUGUAUGUGUGUAUGUUAAAAUGACUUUGGUAGUGAACUAAUUGUAAAUAAUGCACAAUGAUAGUGUGUGCCAAUGUGUACAGAAUGGCCUUAAACACUAUGCAAGUUCACCAAAGAACAUAUCCCAUUCUCAUUGUGAGUGUUAUUAUUGUCAGAUGUUUCAAAUGGAUUAUGUACAGUUAGACUUGUCUAUAAAGACCACCUAAGUAACAAGAAAAAAGACCUAAUUCACAAAGCUUUCUUGAGUAACAUCGCAUAGUCCUUGGCACUCCUUGCAUUGCAUUGCGAGAUCAUAAAGGUAUGAGAGUUUAAUUAAUUAAGUCCCUGGGUCCCUGUUAACACCAGAAGGGCCAUGUAAAAGUUCCCUUUCUAAUCAUACACUCAGCAACAUUAAUUAAGUCCCUGGGUCCCUGUUAACACCAGAAGGGCCAUGUAAAAGUUCCCUUUCUAAUCAUACACUCAGCAACAUUAAUUAAGGCCAGUAAAUACUUUCUGCAUUUUUCAUUACGGUACAAAAAAGGUUUUGAUUUUGGGUUUGGUUUUGGUUUUACAAAACAUACAAAGAUUGCAUUUUUGUUCAUUGUUAUCACUGGACAAGAUUUACUCGGACAUUUAGAAGUCAUCUGUGAUUAAAAAGUGAUGACAAAUAAUACAUGUAUUAGCAAAAAUUUACAAAAAUUCUACUGGUCCUUAUUUAAUUUUGUUGAGUAUAGUAGUGGUUGUACGAGGUUCUCUUUAUAUCAAAUUUAACUGUAUGUUAUUCUCAUGAUCAUGUUAUCUUGGAUUCUCUGUGAAUUGGUACAUUUUAGUCAUAUCUGCUGUGAGAAGUCGACAGAGAUUUUACAAAGUAAAUUCACAUUUUGUAAUUAUUACUAAUAAAUAUUGAUAAAGAAUUUUGUACAUGACCUAAUGCCAAAUAAAUAUUAUUGAAAUGC